GCCGCCGUAGCCCCGCGCGCCGCUCGGCGGUCACGUGGGCGGGAGCGAUGGAGGCGGCCAAGAUGGCGUCCCCCAAGAGCGCCCCCAAAGACGCGCAGGUGAUGGCGCAGAUCCUCAAGGACAUGGGCAUCACCGAGUACGAGCCGCGCGUCAUCAACCAGAUGCUGGAGUUCGCCUACAGGUACGUGACCACCAUCCUGGAGGACGCCAAGAUCUACUCGAGCCACGCCAAGAAGUCGAGUGUGGACGCGGACGACGUGCGCCUGGCGAUCCAGUGCAGGACAGACCAGUCCUUCACCUCCCCCCCGCCCAGAGACUUCCUGCUGGACAUCGCCCGCCAGAAGAACCAGACGCCGCUGCCCCUCAUCAAACCCUACUCGGGGCCGCGGCUGCCCCCCGACAGGUACUGCCUGACCGCCCCCAACUACAGGCUCAAGGCCCUGCAGAAGAAGGUCUCCUCCACAGCAGGCAGGAUCACAGUCCCUCGCCUGAGCGUGGGUGCCGUCAGCAGCAGACCCAGCACUCCCACUCUGGGUACCCCCUCAGCCCAGACUGUGUCUGUGUCAGCCAAGGUGGGGGCCCCGGUGUCUCUGGCUGGGCAGCGCUUCACCGUCCAGAUCCCGUCCUCCCAACCUGCUGGGAAGUCAGCCACCCCGACCACCCCGACCGUGCAGAACGUGCUGAUCAACCCGUCCCUGAUCGGCCCCAAGAACAUCCUCAUCACCACCAACAUGGUGUCCCAGGGCACAGCCAGCGACCCCAACCCCCUCAAGAGGAAGCACGAGGACGAGGAUGACUAUGACACCUUGUGAUGGGAAUGGGGCCCUUCCCAGGGCUCACAGGGGGUGGGAGUGCUCUGGCCAGGGGGGUGGGAAUGUGGAAAUAAAGUGGAGUGUGUUUGUAACCUG